AGUACAUCGUGGUUGCUCAAUAAUUUCUACACGUGUGAUUUAAAUACCCGAACUCCGAAAUGUCGCAACAAUUGGCAGAAAGUUCCAUGGUGAAUGGUGAUGAUAUACUUGUAAAUGGAGAAAUUCGUAAGAAGAAGAAAUCCAAGAAAGAAAAGAAAAAGACAUCUGAUGAUGUAGAAACCUCUAAAGAAGCAGAAGUACUUCCCAAAGAGGAAUCCCCAUCAUCAGCAAAGAAGCCAAAGAAGAAGAGGAAGAAGGAUUCCGAUGAAGAAGGAGAGGAUGAAAAAGAAAAGAAGAAGAAAAGGAAGAAGGGUUCUGAUGAGGAAGGAGAAAAUGAAAGUAAGAAGAAGAAAGUGAAGAAGGAGAAGAGCGGAGAAAAUCAGCAGAAUGGCAUCAAGAAAGCACAGCCAUCAUCCAGUCAGUCAUCCGUAGAUGAGGAGACCCAAGAACAGUUGGGAGCCUUCUCAAACUUUGGUAUUGGAGCUCAUACCAUAGAGAAACUGAAAGCCAAAGGAAUCAACUACUUAUUUCCCAUCCAAGCAAAAACGUUCAGGCCGAUCGCUGAUGGAUUUGAUGUCAUAGCCCAAGCACGAACUGGAACGGGUAAGACAUUGUCCUUUGUCUUGCCUCUGGUGGAAAAGUGGCAGCACUUUCCUCAGAAGAGUGGCCGGCAGCCCAUCAUCCUUGCCUUGGCUCCUACCAGAGAACUUGCUAAACAGAUUUCUGAGUACUUUGAAAAGAUCGGUCCACAUCUCAGCACCACGUGCAUCUACGGGGGCACCGCCUAUUGGCCGCAGGAGUCCGCCAUCCGGCGUGGUCUGGACGUUGUCGUGGGAACGCCUGGACGUAUCUUGGAUUACAUCCGUAAGAACACCCUUGACCUGUCCAAGCUGAAGCAUGUUGUACUGGACGAAGUGGAUCGGAUGCUGGAUAUGGGGUUUGCGGAAUCGGUGGAGGAGAUUCUUGGCGCUGCCUACAAGACAGGUGAAUCAAGUGAUUCUGAGGAAACCCCUGUGAAUCCGCAGACACUCCUCUUCUCUGCUACGGUUCCUCCCUGGGUCUACCAGACAGCAUUGAAAUACAUGCGCAAGGAUGUCAAGAAGGUGGAUCUUGUGGGUAGGGAGAGGGUCAGGACAGCCACAACAGUUCAGCAUUUGGCCAUCAACUGUAGCUACUUUGACCGACCCGAGGUCAUCAGCGAUGUCAUCAAGGUCUACGGAGGCCUGGACGGCCGCUGCAUGGUCUUCUGCGAGACCAAGAAGGAUGCUAACGAGCUGGCCAUGAGCUCUGCUAUGAAGCAGGAGACGCAGGUCAUGCACGGGGAUAUCCCCCAGACACAGCGAGAGGUUACACUGAAGGGUUUCCGAGAGGGUAAAUUCCAAUGCCUGGUCACCACUGACGUAGCAGCGAGAGGAUUGGACAUCCCUGAAGUUGAUCUGGUCAUCCAGUGUAACCCACCUAGGGAUGUUGAUUCUUACAUCCAUCGAUCCGGGAGGACUGGGAGAGCUGGUCGUAAUGGAGUCUGUGUCUGUUUCUAUAAGAGAGCAGAAGAGAGAGAUCUACAGAAAGUGGAAUACAAAGCAGGCAUCAAGUUCAAACGAGUUUCUGCUCCUCAACCUAGUGACAUCAUCAAGUCCUCCGUCAAAGAUGUUACAGAUUUUCUGGAUGCUGUACCUGCUGAUAUGAUUGCAUUGUUCAAGGGUGCAGCGGAGGAUAUCAUCGCCGAGAAGGGAGCGGUGGCAGCCCUUGCCGCAGCUCUGGCUCACAUUACAGGCUCGAAAGCCAUGAAGACGAGAUCACUACUCACAGCAGAAGAGGGCAAGACCACAUUCUUCCUGGAGACUCAGUCACAGCUCCUGGACGUUGGGGAUGUCUUCCGGACCCUUGGACGCUACAUUGACCGUGACGCGAGAAGUGCCAUCAAAGGCAUCCGUCUGUGUGCUGAUCAGACCUCGGCCGUCUUUGAUGUGACUGAUGAUCAGAAGGACCAUUUACUGUCUCUAUGGAAGGACACGCCCGAAGCUCAACUCACUGUCGCAACGGAGCUCCCAGAAAUACUUGCCCCGGCUGGGUCAGGUUCCUUCGACGACCGGAGAGGCAGCGGAGGCGGUUACUACGGAGGGGGAAGAGGAGGUGGUUAUAGGAGAGGUGGAGGUGGUGGUGGCUUCAGGAGAGGAGGAGGGUGGGGUAAUAGGAGUGGAGGCGGCGGUGGUGGAAGAGGUCGAGGAGGUGGGUUUGGUGGUCGUGGAAGGGGAGGGCCGGGCGGAGGCUUCACUAGGAGGUAAUUCUGGACCAAGCUGUAUCAUUAUCGCAGACGUUUCAGAUGAACUGCUUGGCCUAUGUACCAGAAUAUUCCACUUUGCCUUUUAAGGUAACAGCCAUGAAUGGUUGGAUAUGUAUGAUCUAUAUUUUAAAGCAGUAUGUCAUCAUUGAACAAAUGUUUUUUAGACAUUCCCCAUUUUCUAUUUUGCACUGAAUAAGACAGAGACACCAAGAUCAUUGAUCAGCCUCGCGUGAGAUUUUAAGUCGGAACCAAGACUUUGCUUGAGAUCACCAUACAUUGUCUGAAUUGCACGUUGAAACAAAGUCAUGGUGAUUUCAGACAUAGAUUCUGGAAGAUGAGCAAGAGUCUGGGAGUGUUUAAAGAGCACUCGCCGAUCAUUUUGUAGGCGAUUCUCACUGACCAAUUUGUCCAGAGCCAAUCAGAAGCCAGGAUUUUGAUAGCUUAUAACAAUAGUCAGUGAAAUGAACUGCUUCCCAGAAUGCAGGAGUCUCAUACCAGAUGUGUUAGACUUGGCAUGUCUAAUAAGGGUAACAUAGACCUGCAAACGAUACAGUAGUGUCCCUUCUAUUAUAUUCAUGAGUAUUCAAAAUGAAUGAUUAAGUGGUGCAGAACUGGGCAUGCUCAAUAGAAUAUUAAACAUGCAAAAGUUCUGCCCAGGAAAAGAUAAUGCUAGUGAUAUUUGCAGCUUUUGCCAAAUCUCAGAUUCUCCGAAAAGCCAGUUACCUGUACCAAGCGACCCUGGUGAUCAUGAUGUAAUGGUGCGAACACCAAUCAGAAUUCACAGAGUAGAGUGGCUUAUGAAUUUGUUUCAGAAUGGGAAUGCUGCAGACCAGCUAGGGCAAGAUUACCCAGAUUUAUAUAACUUUAAUUAUGAUCACAAACAGAGCUGCCAAGUAGUACAGAUUUUCAGUAUUUAGUACUGGAAAAUAAGAAGAAUACUGAUGGUUUCAUGCAAAAUACUGAAUUC